AUGUCCUCUUCCAGCCUGAAAGUGGCUUUAGUCACCGCCUCGUCCGCCGGCUUGGGGGCGGCCAUCGCGAAGGUCUUAGCAGCUAAUAUGCGAGUCAUUAUCAAUUACUCGUCAGACGCCCAACGUGCUGAGCUGGUACAAGAAGAGAUGAGCAGUAUUGCUGGUAGCGAAAGUGUCCUUAACGAUCAGGGGGAGAAACAGCCUCGCUUCGCUGCAAUACGCGCAGACCUGGCAAACCGAGCGGACAUCAAGAAGUUAGUUGCCGAGACAGUGAGCAUGAUGGGCAGGCUGGACGUUGUCGUUUCGAAUGGCGGUUGGACUCGCAUUAGGAAAUUCGAUGAUUUGGACCAGAACGUGGAUGAGGAAGACUGGGACCGGUGCUAUGAGAUCAACGUCAAGAGCCAUCUAUAUCUCCUGCACGAAGCUCGGGUACACCUUGAUGCAGCGCAGGGAUCGUUCGUGACCGUUGCCAGUGUUGCUGGAGUAAAACCAAGUGGUAGUUCAAUACCGUACUCUGUAACAAAAGCGGCCCAGAUCCACAUGGUUAAGUGUUUAGCACAUGCAGUUGGGCCUAACAUCAGAGUCAACUCUGUGUCGCCUGGUAUCCUGCUGACAGAUUGGGGUCGCCAGUUCCCAGAAGAACAUCUACAGGCAGCCAAGGACGGAACACUCCUGAAACGAUUUGCAACAGUAGAGGAUGUUGCACAAGCUGUCAAGUUACUGGCACUGAACAGCUCGUUAACCGGACAUAAUCUGAUCAUCGACUCUGGAUUUUCCAUAUGA